GUGCGGACUCAGAGCUGUCAUCUGAAAGAGAUUUAAACUUCUCUGUACCUGUGGAUUUUUUUUCUUCAGACGUCCCCCCCUGAAAGAGGGACUGAUCUGCCUGUGGGCCACCUAAAGAAAAGCUGUUUUAGAUCUGACGUGAGUUUCUGUUUAACAGCUGACUGGGACAGAGCGUUUCAGCUGUGACCCUGUGCUGCCCUGUAUGCAUGGAGGCUGAUCAAUGGAGGCUGUUGCUCUGAGGUCACAAAUCAUCAUUUCAAACCAGCGUCAUCGUCUGUAGCCCAGAAGACUGCCCUGAAUUCACACCGGUGCAGACAUAUUCUGUUCAAGGAUCCUGGAGCUGCAAGACUAAAGAGAGAGAGAGAGAGGAGAAGAAAAUAAACAAGUGUUAUAAAAGACGCUCUUCAUGAAUUCACCAAAAACCUGAAGGGAAAUACUGCAAGUUGGCUGGCAGACCUUAGGAGGCAUGUGGACAAUGAGUAUGGCUUGGCUGCGUCUCUCUGCCUUCAUUGUCCUUCUGCUUGGUUGUUUUCAUACGGCUGUCACGGAAAAUGACGUAACUCCACGCCUCACCUUUUCUUACAAUGCAAAGGAGAGAACUACCAGAAGUUUCUCAGUGAGCGGAGUCUUCAACUUUACCUCUCUGCUGCUCAGUAGCGAAAACGGCAUGUUGUAUGUUGGCGCUCGGGAGAGUCUCUUCGCUCUCAGUCUCUCUGAUAUCAGCGCAGCCAAGCUACAAAGAAAGCUUGCAUGGAAAACCCCAGAGAGGAAGAGAGAAGAGUGCAGUUUCAAAGGCAAAGACCUGCAGACGGAUUGCUUCAACUACAUCAAAAUCUUACUACGCAUGAACAGCACUCAUCUGUACGUUUGUGGAACCUAUUCCUUCAGCCCCAUCUGUGCUUACAUAAACACUACAGACUUCUCCCUUGUCAAGAGCGAUACUGGUGAGAUUGUUACAGAGGAUGGACGGAGCCGCUGCCCAUUCAACCCUGAAUACAAGUCCACUGCCAUCAUGGCUGAUGGAGAGCUGUAUACUGGCACAGUCAGUAAUUUCCAAGGAAAUGAACCCAUCAUUUACAAGAGUCUAAGCCAAGGAACAGCUCUAAAAACAGAAAACUCACUUAACUGGCUUCAAGAUCCAGCCUUUGUUGGCUCUGCCUACAUACAGGAGAGCCUUCCCAAGGGCAACCCGGUGGGCGAUGAUGAUAAGAUUUACUUCUUCUUCAGUGAAGCGGGGAAGGAGUUUGAUUUCUUUGACAACACCAUUGUGUCACGCAUUGCUCGUGUGUGUAAGGGUGACGUUGGAGGUGAAAGGGUGCUGCAGAAGAAAUGGACGACGUUCCUGAAGGCUCAGCUCUUGUGUUCUCUGCCCGAUGACGGCUUUCCCUUCAACAUAAUCCAAGACAUGUUUGUGCUCACACCCAGUCCCGAGGACUGGAAGAACACAGUGUUUUAUGGAGUCUUCACCUCUCAGUGGUACAAAGGUGCAUCAGGAAGCUCUGCAGUGUGCUCCUUCACUAUGGACCAGGUAGAAAAGGCGUUCAACGGGCGAUACCGUGAGGUUAACCGCGAAACCCAGCAGUGGUAUACUUACAACCAUCCGGUGCCAGAGCCUCGGCCUGGAGCGUGCAUCACAAACGCUGCCAGAAAACAGGGCAUCUCCUCCUCGUUGCUCAUGCCAGACAAGGUGCUGAAUUUUGUCAAAGACCACUUCCUGAUGGACAGCGUGAUCCGCAGCCAGCCUCUGCUACUCAAGCGCAAUGUCCGCUACACGCAGAUCGCCGUCCAUCGUGUUCAAGCAGCUAAAAAGGUGUAUAACGUGCUCUUCAUUGGCACAGAUGAUGGGAGACUUCAUAAAGCCAUUAACGUCAACAAGAAGAUGCACAUUAUUGAAGAGAUGGUGCUCUUCCGUGACUCUCAGCCGGUGCAGCACAUUGAGCUGGACACUGAAAAGGGUCAGCUCUAUGUUUCUUCUUUCUCUGAACUGGUGGAGGUCUCAGUAGCUAACUGCACUAAUUAUCAGAGCUGUGGGGAGUGCAUCCUCUCCAGGGAUCCUUACUGUGCCUGGAAUGGGAAGCAAUGUGUAGAUGUCAGACGUGCUACACCAAACAAUGCCUGGCGGCAGGAUGUAGAUGAAGCAGACACAUCAGCUAUUUGCAAUAAGACUGUGGCAAGUCCACGGUUUGCCAGACCUCCACCUACACGGAUGUCGUCAUGCCAGCUGAUCAUUAUCCCAGCCAACACAUUCAAAGUACUGCCCUGCAAGCUGCGCUCUAAUUUGGCUGAAAGGAAGUGGGAGUUCAGUGAGAGCGCAGGUCACUUCCAUUACCCCAGCCCGGAGGGGGGACUGGUGGUGGUAGCUCAAGCGGACAAGCAGGAAACAUACGAGUGCUGGUCAGUGGAGGAGGGCUUCAGACAGCUGCUGGCAAACUACUGUGUGAGAGGCGAAGCCAAGGAGGAGAGCACCACCUUGACAGGCCGUUCACGUACGCCGCAGAUCUCACAGGAGGAAAUCAUCAUCCUGCCAGGGGAGGCCCGCUCGCCGCAGAUCAACACAAAGACCUACUGGAACGAGCUGAUCGUUGUAUGCGCCCUCCUGGUGUUUUCCCUGGUAGUCUUCUCCCUUUUUGUGGUUUACAGGAACCGUGACCACAUGAAGUCCAUGCUGAAGGAGGGAGAGUGCCCGAACAUGCAGCAGAAGAAGCCCAGAAUAGUGGUGAAACCCGCUGAAAACUUGCCGCUCAACGGCAACACAGUCACAACCUCAGCUUCGGAUCACAAGGGGUACCAGACCCUUAAUGACAACUACAUCUGCAGCACUCCACCGCACGAGUGCUCGUCACCUGAUAACAGCAAGAGCUUCUCUGAAUCGGAGAAGAGGCCUCUGAACUUAAGAGAGAGCCACGUGGAGAUUUCACCCACGUGCCCCCGGCCUCGAGUCAGGCUGGGCUCCGAGAUUAAAGACUCUAUAGUGUGAGGCAGGCUUCAUGUUAUAUGGAGUGACUGCUUUUGAACUCAAAGGAAAGAGUGCACUUGUUGAGAAAGACAAAAACAUAAGAGGGAAAAAUCAGCACUCUUGUGGAGAGACUUUACAUUACACAGAUUUUGCACUCUCUCUCUCGCUCCUUUUUCUUUCUUUUUUUAUUCUGUCGAUGUGGUCCAUGUGCAUUUUAUUUCGUUUUCCUCUCACCCUCUUAUUCAAGUGCAUUUGAAGCACACUGAAGAAGCUCCGGCUCGCCUUCAGACUUUCACGUACGGCUCACGGGAAUGUAACGAGCAUUGAGAUGGCAUCGUGACCACGAUUUAGCGAACAGAUUUCAGAGAGUUGCCUUUCACAGUCCGUCCAUAUGACAUGCCGGUAAUACUCUGAAAGGCAGAGUGAUGCUCGAACACGACGCCUGACGCAGUGUUUGCUGAUUUAUUUUCAUUCUGCGAGAGUUUAGCCUUCACUGAGGUUGUGCACUAUGUACUGUACUGUAGCAAGGUAAACCAGAAUCCACACGAACAAGUCAAAGACAGGCAAGAUAUACAUAUAUAUAUAUUAAAAAAGUCCUGUAAUGUUUCUUACAGGAUAGCCUGUGUACAUUCACACAAGUACACUCAUUAUUUUAGAGUUAAUUCAAACACAGCAAGAACAAAGAAAUCUGAAAAGAUGAAAGCAGAAAUGCAGAAACUCUUACCACCUCAAUCACUGCACUCCAAGAAAAGAGAGAAAUGUGCUUUUUAAGUAUUGCCAUCUUUACUAGGUAUAAAUAUUUGUCUGAUGACGACUGACUUUAAGUUGUUAGAUUUUUCUUGGUUUUCUUUCACCAAAUGUGAUAAAAGGGAAGGAAGGGAGGGGGACUCAUUCCAGGUAUUAUCACGCUAUUCUUCAUGAGAUAGGCAGUCUAUGCAAAGCAAAUAAUGUGAAGUGGGGUAAACACCGAGAAACACCUCACCUUGAGACUGAGUAAGCACAAAGGUGUUGGCACUGUUAAUUACUUUAGAUACAGUGGCACUACAAACACACACCCACGCAAAGAGACGCACACUCAUUACACCGCAGUCGCAAGUAUGCAAGAGAUUUUAGCCAUUUUGGUGCGUUUCCUGGAGAAAGAUGAUGCAGCUCUGAAAGGCCGGCAUGACAAAAACAGACGAUAAAAGACGAGCGCCCGGAACGGUAAUGUUAAAUCUGUGGCAGGUCAUUUAUUGCAGCAUGAUGAAAGGUUAUAAAUAUUUAUUAUCAUCAUUAUUAAUAUUAUUAUUAUGUGGCCAAAUGGUUAUUUUAUGGAGACAUUUUUUCACAGCUGUUCUGUCACUGAAUCAUACUGAAUCUAAAACAAACACCUAAAAAUAAUGUGAUUUCCAUAACACACCUGUAGACUGCCACCUUUGAUAUAAAUAUAAACUGAAGAGUGUUAAUGAAGAAAACAGCCUCUUAGGUGGUUGUAAAGGCAACCAUUAAGGCAAUAACUCUCAUUGUCAUUCAGUAAUAAACAGGGGAAUUGUUCAUUUUACUGAUUUUUCUCGCUUUAAUAUAACUAAAUCAGAUGAUUGCGUAACUUGAAAGCAUUUCUCAUGUCAUCCAAUAUUUUUUAUUCUUACUUGAGUAUGGCUCUAGUAUUGUGAUCCAGCCAGCAAAAUCAAUACUUCACAACAACAACAACAGAAAAAAUGCGUACCUAAAGGGAAGGCAUAUACAUCGUGACUCAGAAAGCACAGGAUUUGCACAUCAUGUUAAGAGCCUUAGUACACUGCAGGUUAUGGAUUUGGUUACAAAUCUGCCUUGGGGGGAGGGGUGGGAAUGGAGAAUGCCUUCUGAAACAAUAAUCAAGAGAUGUGCCUCUUGGGGAUAAUAAACUAACCAGGUAGUAGUGCUCUGGAGUCAAAUGCUACACUGUAGGUGUGACAGGACUGGCCAUACUUAAAAAAAAAACAAAAAAACACGUCAAAACCGUGAAUACGUGUAAUUUAAUUGUGUCAAUGUUGUCCAAUACGUGCUCAUGAGAGGUGUCGUUUUAUUUUACAUUUUUGUUAGGGUGGCUUCAAGCGCAGUCAGGGAUUCUAUUUUAUUCUUAAACUGUAGUGCAUAAAUAACCACUGGCUGAUUUUUCUUUUCUUUUUUUUUAAAUAUUAAAAAAAAUAUAAGCAUUAGUAUUAUAUUACAUUUUGUAUAAAUGGCACUGCAAAACUGAAUUUCAAAGACUAGUCAGCUAUAUUCACUCAUGCAAUAUGAAAGACUCAUGCUUUGACUGUUAUUAAAAACAACAAUAAGUGGCAGCUUUUGGUGAAGCGGCUGUCAUCAGAACAAUAUUAAAUUUGCAAAGCGCAGAAUAAAUACAGCGUGGCAGUGAUUUAGUCGAAUAUGUGCAGGUACUGAAUAUGUUUUUCUUUAUUUGAAUACAAGCCUACACUAUUAAUGCCACAGUGAAAGUAUCGUCGUCUGCUCUCACUUAUUGAACCACUAUAGUCGGGCCUUCUUCUAUUUGUGACAGUACAAGUUGCUCAGACUCUUGUCAACAUGUAUUGUAAGUAAACAAGUUUUUAUGUAAAGUUGUUUUGUAAAUUCAGCUGCCAAUGUAAAAAAUAUUGUGAAUUGUAUUUUUUUGUAUCAUACAUCACUACUGUUUUCUUUCUUUUUGUAUUGUAUAUAAAAAGCACUUUAUUUUAAUUUUUCAA